AUGGCAGAACAAGAGGAACUUAUGAAACUGUUGCAGAUGCAAAGCAAAUUACUGGAGCAAUUGACUCAAAGAUCAAAGCAGCCAGUAGAAAAUUCAAAGGAACAGUUGAUGGCGUCAUUGGCAAAAAGCAUAGCAGAAUUUUGCUAUGAUGCCACAAACGCACUCACAUUCGACACGUGGUAUGCACGACACGAAGACGUUUUCUUGGUCGAUGGCAAAGAUUUGGACGAAGCAUCACGUGUUCGCCUCUUAAUGAGGAAGCUAAAUCCAAUUGCGUAUAACAAGUAUGCAACAUAUAUUUUACCAAAAAAUCCACGAGAUUUCACAUUCGAAGAAACAAUCUCCAAGCUGGGAGAAAUGUUCGGUGCAAAUGAAUCGCUCUUCAGUAUAAGAUACAAAUGUUUGCAAAUUAGUAAGAAUCAACAGGAAGACCUGGUAUCGUAUGCAGCCAGGGUCAAUGCUCAAUGUGACAAAUUUAGACUGUCGGAACUUUCGGCAGAUCAAUUCAAAUGCCUCAUCUAUGUAUUUGGGUUGCAAGCACACACAGAAGCCGACAUUCGUAUAAAAAUAUUGGCAAAACUAGAAGAAGAUUCACAGCAAACAUUAAACUCUCUGGUGAGCCAUGCGCAAAAAUUCAUCAAUCUAAAGAAAGAUACAGCAAUGGUGGAAGAGACAAAAGCCGUAAUAGCCAGCGCAAUACAUGCAAAUACACGCCAAAGCAAGAACGAUGCAACUAAAAAUAGCAAAACAAAUAAGGCGAAGAUUCCAAAAACACCCUGUUGGAAUUGCGGAGACAUGCACUAUGCAAAAUAUUGUACAUAUCACAAUCAAAAGUGUAACAAGUGCAACAAAUACGGUCAUAAGGAGGGGUACUGUAAUUCAUACAGCGCCAGCAAAAGCAAAAGCACAAAACCUCAGCGACACAAGCAACAACAAACGAGCAACAAAGGUCACAACAGUUGCUUACAAGUAAAUUCAAUAACGCAUGUUAAUCGACGCAAAUACACAACAGUAAGCAUAAAGCCGAUAGAAACCGCAACUUCAUCGUUUCCGUCGUGUGAUGUCAGAAUGCAGGUGGACACCGCCUCGGACGUCUCGCUAAUCGGAAAGUCCACAUGGAUACAAAUGGGUCAACCGGGAAUACGGUUGGAGAACAAAUACGUUACCAGCGCACCAAAAGAUAAGAUUAUACUACUACCCGAAUUUUCUUGUGAAGCUAGGCUAAACGGGGAAGUACAAUACUGUCAUUUAUUCGUAACAAAUAUUGAUUCUUUGAACAUCUUAGGAGUUGACUGGUGUGACAUUUUCCACAUUUGGGAAAAGCCUCUCAAUCUCAUUUGUAACAACAUCAUAUCGGUUCAAGAUCAACAAUCUACUAUUUUGAAGCAUAUACAGCAAGACUAUGCGGACAUAUUCAAGCCAAAUCUGGAAAGUUGUAGCACAGUUACAUCAGCAUUGCAUCUAAAGCCGGAUGCUAAACCAAUUUUUCGCGCAAAAAGGCCAGUAGCAUAUUCCAUGCUACCGUACAUUGAAGAAGAACUAAAUAGAUUACAUCAAUUAGGGGUUAUCACCCCUGUAGAAUUUUCUGAAUGGGCAGCGCCUAUCGUAGCAGUGAAGAAACCGUCUGGCAAGGUUCGGGUCUGUGGCGAUUAUUCAUCAGGGCUAAACGCAUGGUUAGAGCCGCAUCAAUAUCCGCUGCACACGCCAGAAGAAAUUUACGCAAAGGUCGCGGGAAGUCAUUGUUUUACCGUAAUAGACCUAUCAGACGCGUAUCUACAGAUACCCGUCACAGCAGAGUCAGCCAAGCUGCUCACCAUUAACACGCAUAUGGGUCUGUUUACGUUCAUUCGACUCGCACCAGGUAUCAAAAGCGCUCCAGGAGCGUUCCAACAAAUCAUGGACACCAUAUUUGCAGGCAUAGAUGACACCGUCGCUUACAUAGAUGACAUCAUUAUAGGCGGUGCAACCUUGGAGAAACAUGUCAAAAACCUUCAUAAAGUGGCGCAACAGCUACAGAAGUAUAAAUUUCGGGUCCAGUUCGACAAAUGCAAAUUUUUUGCUGCACAGAUUCUAGCACUACCAGAACCCAAAAAUGUGUCAGAAGUCCGAGCAUUUCUGGGCAGUGUAAACUAUUAUGGAAAAUUCAUCGCAGAAAUGUCCAAAGUCAGAGCACCUUUGGACAAAUUGCUUCAUAAAAAUGAAAAGUUUAAUUGGAACGCUGAUUGCCAAAAAGCCUUCCAGCAAUUCAAACGCAUUUUAAAUUCAGAUUUAAUGCUUACGCAUUAUAACCCCAAUUUACCAUUGAAAGUGGCAGAAGACGCCUCCAAUAGAGGAAUCGGUGCGUUUAUUUGUCACGUUUUUCCGGACGGAUCAGAGAAGGUUAUACAACACGCCUCAAAAGUUUUAACGGAUGCAGAGCAAAAGUACUCGCAAAUUGAAAAGGAAGCUUUAGCAUUAGUUUUUGCGCUAAAGAAGUUCCACAGAUUUAUUUUUGGACGUAAGUUCACAUUGUGCACGGAUCAAAAGCCGCUAAUCGCAAUAUUUGGUAAAAAUAAGGGCAUCCCAACGUACGCAGCAAAUAGGCUUCAGCGAUGGGCACUAAUAUUGAUGAUGUACGACUUCAAUAUCCAAUACAUUAAAACAACACAAUUUGGAUGUGUAGACAUGCUUUCGCGCCUUAUAGCAAAUCACACAAAGCAAGACGAAGACAUGGUGAUAGCUUGUACUCAAAUGGAAGAAGAAAUGAACACGAUUAUUGAAGACCAAUGUGAAAAACUUCCGGUGAGUUUUGAAAUGAUAAGAAAAGCUACAAAGCAAUGUUCAACGGCCCAAGCUGUCAUAAACGCAUUAUCAAAUGGAUGGAAGCAAGAAAUAACACCAGAAUUACAGCCAUUUUAUGCACGGAAAGAUGCACUCAGCGUGAUUCAAGAGUGCCUAAUGUUUCAUGAACGCAUAGUGAUUCCGAAGAAAUUACAACCACGAAUUUUACGUCAACUACACAGAGGACAUCCAAGUAGAGAACGGAUGAAAUUGUUAGCAAGGAGUUACGUGUAUUGGCCUGGUGUGGACGAAGAUAUAGUCUCGUAUUCACGAAAUUGUCAACUUUGUGCAUCAACAGCAAAAAUGCCUGUAAAACAUACACUACGAUCAUGGCCGUUAGCAACAAAACCAAUGGAACGGUUACACAUUGAUAUAGCAGGACCAUGCAAUGGUUUUUAUUACUUCGUAAUCGUAGAUGCAUUCUCAAAAUGGCCUGAAAUUUUUCAAAUAGAGAAUAUCACAACGCAAACAAUCAUUAGCAAGCUAAAUGAAAUGCUUUCACGUUACGGAGAUUGUGACACACUGGUCUCCGAUAACGGCACACAAUUUACGAGCGGAGCGUUCGAACAAUUCGUAACAUCGCGGGGUAUUCAACACAUAAGGACAUCGCCUUAUCAUCCCCAGUCCAAUGGACAAGCGGAACGGUUCGUAGAUACACUGAAAAGAGCAUUAAAAAAAUUAAAAAUGGAAGAAACGGAUUCAGAAAACUUGCAAACAUUUUUGCAAACGUAUAGAUCCACACCAAAUCCGAAUGUGUAA